AUGACUUCUAACCCUAAUCUCUGCCUGGAUGUAACACAGACAACACGAAGUUUGGUAUGUUUUAUGAAAAACAGCCAUAUCUGGAAAUUUAAAUGUGUCAUUAUAAAGGAAAUGAUUUCUGAAAUCGAGGGAACUUAUUUUCUUAUUACAAAUAGAUGAAAUCAUCAGUCAAAUCUUCUCUUAAGAAACAUAUCACAUAGUAGUGUUAAGAAUUGAUGUACCGUACUUUAUUUGCAGGUACUAGGUACAUUUUACCCAGCUAUCCUCAGAUCUCAGGAAGAAUGCGAUUUGGAUGAGUUAGUAGUUCUUCAACUUGUCUCUUUCAUGUUAGACUUUUUCGAUGAUAUUUUCAAUCCACCUGCAGACAUUAAAACUCAAGUCAGUGAAAGAUUAAAGAUUAUGCAGAGACCACAGGUAACUACUAUACAACAAUACGGUUAAAGUUCCUUAUGUACAUAUUAUGUGUAUCAGACACUGAGUUUUAUAGCAUUUGUAGGAAACACGAAGAAAGUAAACUACCACCAAUUACAUUUUUUUCUUUCUUGUCAGAGAUUUUUAAACAGACUUUUAAAAAUAAAAAAAUUAAGUAAUGAAAAAAAAGUUUUUUUUUUAUAAAACAAAAGAAAUUUCAAUAUGAAAUAAAUUGUGAUCACUCAGGAAACAAUCAUAAUAAAUUGUUUCAUGAGUUAAAAGAAGAAUAAACUUCUUAUUUUAAAUAAAUAUUUAAAGUCAUUUUCAUUCUCUGGCUGGGAUCUCAGUGACAGCAGUGUUCUCAUGGCGUCUGCCCCUUGGCAAAAGAUCUCAUGAACCGAGACAAGUCCACAUAAGUCUCACAGAAGCUGCAUGUUAUGCUACUGAAUACAAUGCUUGACAAUAGUAUAUACAAUACAUUUUAAUUAAAUUUCUGUACUCAGUGUUUAGAGAUGGGUUAAUUUAUUUUGACAACAGGUGGUAUAUUCACCAAGGCCAGAACGUACUGUGAGGUUUUGUCAGCAGACGACAGUCGAUGACUUUGAGAACCAAAGAACAUCAACAUCACACUCUGCCUUAGAGCAACUUCUAGAGGGCAUCAUUGCUGAUGGAAACCUAAAUCUAAAGGAGAAGAAAAAGCAUUUAAAACAGGUGGGAACUAAAAGUAAAUUAAUAAUUUAA